CGUUAGAGCAGUGACUUCCGGCGGAAGGAAAACUGGUUCCUAGUCCCAGCCGUCCGCAGGCAGUGAGUGGGCGCCGGUGUCUGGGUGAAGUUGGAGGAUCUGAGAAGACCCACUCGUGUUUAAUGAGUGAUGGCAUUUGAGCAGAUACCAAAAAAGGAUUGGUACAGCAUUCUGGGGGCAGACCCGUCUGCAGAUAUGUCAGACCUAAAACAAAAGUAUCAAAAACUCAUACUGAUGUAUCAUCCAGAUAAACAAAGUACAGAUGUGCCAGCAGGAACAGUGGAGGAAUGUAUACAGAAGUUCAUUGAAAUUGAUCAGGCAUGGAAAAUUCUAGGGAAUGAAGAGACAAAAAAAGAGUAUGACCUGCAGCGGCAUGAAGAUGAACUAAGAAAUUUGGGCCCAGUAGAUGCUCAAGUACAUCUUGAAGAAAUGUCUUGGAACAAAGAUAUUUCUACAUGUGUUUUAUUCAUCAGAACACACUCUAAUGUUUCAAAUCCUACAAAUUAUUUAGGAUGAAAUACAGCUUUGUGAAUACAAAAUUGCAAAUUAAGCAGGUGGAUGACAGACGACAUUUUUUGUGAUGAUGCGGGAUACAAAGAGAGUAUAUGAUGAUUUUUAAAAACUAAGAUUGAAGUCUUUAGGCUGAGAGCAUCAAAACAUUGUUUGGAUUGCAGGAUCAUGAAAACACACUGUGGACAUCAAGGAAAGAGUAGCAAAGCAUCCAGAUGUCAUUUUGGGAAAGUAAUGUUUUUUUGCCACUUGAUGAAAUAAUGUAAUUAAAAUAAAAUCUAUCUUAGGCUUUUAAGAUUUCUAACUUGUCUAAAAUUGAAUGUAUCUUCUCUUCAUUUCCUAAAUUUCCCCUGUCCUAUUGAACCACCUACCUCUGUUGCUAAAGCUAAUAACUUGGGUAUCAUUUUUAAGUCCUUCCAGUAUCCCUUUCUUCCAGCAACAAAUCUCAUCUAGAAAGCUCCUUAAUCUUUCUGUAAUCUUUGUACUUCCUUCUAUUCACAAUGUUAUUAUCUCAGUUAUUACUCAUUCACCACCUAUUAAUGAGGCUCCCUGCCUCCAGUUUUUCCUACUCCAAACCAUUCUCUAUUGCUCUACAUUAAUAUCACAGUGAUCUCUUAAAAAACUAUGUCUGAUCAUAUUAUCCCCCUGCUUGAACCAUACAAGCAACUGUGUUCACCUUUUCUUUAUCUUUUUUGCUAUCCCCUCCAUCCAGAAUGUGUUCCACACAUAGGAACUUACAUUUGGCAGUUCCCCAAAGUAGAUUGGUACAUUCUCACUUCUAGAUUUUCAGAAUAUGCUGCUUGCUUUAGCUAACUCUACUUAUUCUUUAAGCUUUAACUCAAAUUUCUCUCCAGUUUGGAAUAAUCUUAUCUACUCUACUCUGGAAAAAUAUCCUGGUGUUAUCUUAGCUCUCUAUGCAUAAUACUGUUAUACCACAUUGUAAUUCCUUGCUCUUCCAAUUUGCUUGCAAACUUCUAAAGUUGUAUUGUCCAAUAUAGUAGCCAAUAGUCAAUUUUAAAAUUAUAUAAAAAUUUGAGAACUUAGUUCCUCAGCCGCAGAAUGGGCCAAUAGCCAUAUGUACCUAGUGGCUACCAUACUGUACAGUGCAGAUACAGAAUAUUUUCAUUAUUUCAGAAAGUUAUGUUGGACAUUACUAAGGGCAAGAACCUCACAUGCUGACCCUCAAGUAAGUGCUUAAGAAAUGUUUUGGAAUUAAUAAAUGCAUAUAUAAAUUUAAAAAGAAAGUUGAGAGGUUAAUGUCUGUCAAAUGUGGCCUAGUCCUACAGUCUGCUGAAGGCCAUUUAAGUCUUUUUUCCCAUCCCACCCUAUUUUCCUCCUUUCAUAAGUCCUAUAGUCUGGCUGUUCCUGAGGUGGACUUAUAAAGGAAGAUGCCUCAAUAUUGGGAUUGGUUAGGGGCCAGAAGUCCUUACCAGUCUAUGUCCCUAGACCUACUUUGAUUUUCUUUAAAUAGGGAAGUAUGGUCAAAUUUCAAGUGUCUUCAGACAACACAGAUUUCUUGAAUACUCCUGAUUUUAGAAGUUCAUACACAUGUACAGAAGUAGAUGAGAAUCUUAAAUUAUAUAUUCGAACUUUAAAUUAUUCACAUCUACAGUUGCAUUUCCUUAAAUACUGCUUAGUCUCCUUUCUCUGUUGGCCCUGCAUGUGUGUCUGGUGGGGAUGCAAGCAGUAGUUGUGCCAUAUGAAGUGAUUUGUACCUUCUCUUAAAGUACUUAUGAAAAUCCUUACCCAGAAGGAAAACACUCUCUCAGUUGGCAGUAAAUGACUUCUAAUGCCAGUAAUUUCUUGCUAAUUUAUACCUGCAACUGUUUUAUAAGAUGCAUACAUGCUUUAAAAAAAAAAAAAAAAGGUUAGUUCUCUUUUCUAUUCUUAAGGGAGAGAAGAGUUUGGUAAAGUAAGAAUACUUUUAUGGGCUAACACUGAAUACGUCAUAGAAACUACAGUUAACUUUAUCAAAUUUUAAUUACCAAACAUUUAAAUUAGUUGCUUAUUCCAAGACAUUUGAACAUAUUCCACCUAGUCCAAGCAGCUUUUCCAGCAGACUUAGUAAGAUGAUUAUAUCAGAUGAGGAAGCCACAUGACACCUGGAAUAUAUUCUCUUUACUACCAACAGAGUUUGGAGUCUGAUUCAGAUACCUCUGUUAAACAGGAGUGUUACAAUUUUAGUCUUUCUUUAUUUCUCUCAAUUAGUUGAGACAACCUUAAAAUAAAGCGGUCUCAUAUAAGUUAAAAUAAAAAUAAAUAUAUACAUUUUGCUGAAUUACAUUCUGCCUCCUUAGAUUUGCAUAUGUUGCUCUGACUUUCCAACUUCAGUUAAUAUAUUGGUAGGUGAAAAACUUUAAUUUCAGAUAAUUUGCUACUACUUUAGUAGAAAUGUUGAUCUUCAUAUAUACACAUACAUAUUUUCAAACACAAAAGUAAAAUAUUACAAAACAAAAUUCUAUAAUAUACAUCUUAUUAAAGUAAUCUCAAAUCGUUCUGAAAAUGUUCUGAGAACACAUCAGAAAAUGCUUAAAUUGAGGGACCUCAAAGAACAUUCUUUAGUGUUAAUAUCUCAAUGGAAACACCUCAGAUUAGUAAACAAUAAGUCAAAUUUAUCUUCAGAAGUGUGUUAUCUAUAGGAUGAAAAAGUCAUGUCAUCUCCGCAGUGAACUUCACUUUAGCAAAAGAGUAAACAUAUUUCCUCUACAUCAGCUGCAAUCAAGGCAUUAGCAGUAUGCUGCAAUUGAUCGUCCUAGAAGCUGUUGCUGAGAAAUGGAUAUGCAGCACAGGUUUUUAUCACUCCAGUUUGCAAAAAGCUAGUUCCUUGUUUAGAUAUCCUAGUUGUAAUAAGUGACAUUAUUAGGCAGUUCUUCUAUUUAAAUGACAUAGGAUUUAGUGUAUCAGCAGCUUAUAAUAAGCCCUUUCAAUCUGAUGAUUCCUCUCCCUAACACAUAAGUACUUUUUCUGUUUAUAAUACAAGUGGUAAUGGAAGACCAGAUGGUUGUGACUUUCAGUUAAGGUAAAUGACACUUAAACAAACAGAAAAAUAGCAUUAGGAUAUUCAGGGAUUUGAACUGUAUCCUAAAUACACAGUACACCUUAAAGGACUAUUAGCGUUAGCUAUAUAAAGUGACUAUCUUCUAAUGCUGUCUAAUUAGUGAGAUUGUUUUUCAGGUUGUCAUCAGUUUUAUUUAAAUAUUUCCUAAUGUAUUGUAAAACAGCUUUAUUAUUGCCAUAUGAUUGCAUUUCCAAGUUCUCCUUUUAACAUACCUUCAGCGCAUCUUGAGAACAUUUAUCCAGUUCUUUCUGAAAUGUAAAAAUUGUCUAUUUCUUUUAUUUCUGUCAAUAACAAUAACAUUGUUAUUAAUGUAACCUAUAAUAUAUUUCCUAUUCACCUACCAUCACUCUACCCUCAUAGUAGACUAUCAUUUGAUGAACACUCAUUUUUGUGUAUAACACUGGAAUCUGUGGUAUUAGAGACAACCAAAAAGCUUCAAAUAACCCAAUACUUUUGAAAGCUUUAGAAUAAAUGUGAAAUCAUAAUUCAUCUGACAUGUUCCUUUAACAAUAGCAAAAGAUCUCUAUGUUGUAAUCACAGGAAUAUAGCAAAACGUCCAUAAUUACAAUUUAUUAAUGUAUCCACUUUCAAUAAAAGUUAGUUAUAUGUUUGAGAAACUAAAAUUCAGUAA